AUGAAGCAGUUCAUAGGCAACCGUCGCAGCGAGGCGCAGAAUGUGAAGGUCAACAUCGCUGACCUGAACCUUCCCCCAGAGGCCAAGGAGGCAUUCGACGUCGAUGGCGACGGGCAGGUUGACAUCGCAGAGAUCAUUGCGUAUGUGAACAAGCACAAGGCCCUGAAGAAGACUUACAACUUUGUCACGAAGGCCUUCUUCCUCACCGUGGUGAUGAUGAUUCUUUUUCUUGUCCUCUGCCUUGCCUCAACAGUCUUGGCCAUCCAAAUCACCAAGGAGGUGACAGUCAGCAACGGCGCACUCACUGCGACCUCCGCGACAUGCGUCAAUGGGUCCGAGACUUGCACCAAGCCCGUGGCAACAGGGCCCACCAAGCGGGAGUCCCACACAUUGACAUCCACCAUGCCAGAGAGCGUCUUUGAAGAGUUGAAAUCCAUCUCGUUGAAGCUUCCCCAUCAGAAUGGCAAGCUGGUUUCAGUGACACUGGACGUGUCCAGCUUCGAGCGCCGCUUUGUGCCAACCAGCCGCUGCGGAAGCGUGGUUGACCUUGAGACCAUCCACGGAACCAUCAUGCUAGACGACAACCAGCUGCUGGUGACUGAGGAGUUCGUGGAGAAGAUGAACGAGCGAGGUUAUGAUCUUCAAGAUGAUGUCCCGAUUUCCGUGGAUGGUGGAAGGCGCCUGAGCGUUGGCUCGGACAUUGCUGGCAUGUUCAACUUCAUCGCAGAGUACGAGUAUAAGUGUGAGAGCCAGGUCAAGCCGCUUCGGAUGCUGGACCCGCCCUUUGCUUUCACCCUUGAGACGUACCAGAUGUGUGAAGGCUCUACGUGCUAUUCAGACGUGGAGACAUUAAGUGGCAAUGGCUCCAAUGGCUCGCUCAAACUGCCUGGCUUCGCCCGAGACCCGCAUGCGCUUGAGACAUUUGUGCCCGGCGGAUUCAUCAAAGCCAAGGAGUCCGUCUAUGCCAUGGCCAGUGACAAGAUUCUGACAAUACAGGAGUGGCCGAACUACCCCAUGAUGUCCCUGAUCUCCAUGCACGAUUUUGCCAUGGGCAUGUUCACCCAGAAGCAGGUCUUCAAUGAGACCCCAACUUAUUGCAGCUCACGAGAAUCAAAAGAUGAGGAGAACACCGUGGCCAACAUGGCAGAUUUUGUCAUCGCAGCCAUCGGAACCACAUCGUACAAGAGUGAUCCAGAUCUCAAGUUCAACCGCUACCUUUUGUACCACAAGGAACAUCCAAACAAGGUGGAGGCUUACGUGGAAUUCUGGGAGGAGGUGGACACCGGCAUGCCUCACAAGUAUUUCCUGCCAAACAUGGAGAACAGCCCGCGGGCUUACUUCACCAGCUUCCGGAACAUCUCGCAGGAUGAGUUCGACGCUGUUGAAGCACGUCUCAGUCGACUGGACUGCCAUGGCCCUCAGAUCUAUGGCUUGGUCACCCCGAUCAUGGACGCAGAUGACACAACACCUGCACAUGAGAACAUGAGUACUCUGGAGUUCUACCGAGCCUUGAACUCAAUUUGCCUCAACGAAGCAUGCCAGGUCUCAUUUGGUGACGAUGACUACUGGAAUGUCAUUCUGUCCCUGGACGCUCUCUUCAGGAAUCGAACGGAAGACGUCGAGUCUGAUGCGCCGGAUGGCGCCAAUGCUACACGGAGACUGGCUUCCUCCAUUGGUGUUUGCUUGACGGAUUGCAAAUCUUUGCUGGCCAACGGCUGGUCCUACCAGAGAAGCUCGUCUAAGGACAAGGACUUCUUCGGCAUAGUUAAGUUCGCCUACGACACGGGCACAUGGACGAAGGGUUCUUCGAACCCUCCCAUGGCGUACUCAAGUUUCAAAGGGUCAGCUCAGGCAGGGUUCUCUUACAACGUGCCGCCUGUGUACAUCAGCGUAAGAGCACACGGCGCUGCUCAAGGUGAGGUGACGGUGCGGGGGUCAGAUGGGAAGGUGUUUAGCAGGUACUCUGGCUCAGUUACCCUGAGCUUUGAAGGGGGCCUCAAUAUCAUCAUCGGCCAAGUGACUCUUGGGAUAUCUGGCACAAUCAGCUUUGAGCAGGCCUCGAACCCUACCAGCACACCGGCCAUGGAUGUCGCUGGCACAAUUCGUGGAGGGAUCACAAUCAAAGUGCUGGGUGGUUUCGUCACGGCAUCAGCGAGUGUUGGGCUGCAAGCCAGAUUCUGGAAUCUUGGGCCCACCUUUGAGGGCAAUGACGCCAAUGACGACGAGUUUGCUGUUGCAGGCAAAGUACGUUUCAAAGCAACUAUCUUCUGGUUCUUCAAAAUGAGCUUUUCGGCCAAGAUGGACAUUGUGAAGAGGCGUAAGCUUUGGAGCCAGACAGACUUGAUGGGCGGCUAUGAUCCAGCAUCAAUCGGGCUGAAUUGCGUGGAAAUCAGCAAGCAUGAUAGGGACUGCAGUGGCACGGUCCAGUUUCGGAAGUUUUGCCCCAUGAACGAGGAGUACAGCUAUGAUGACCCUGUGAACAUGCAAAACUGUCCAUACCAUUACAACACCUAUGACAAGUCGAAAGGGUCUAUGAUCUUCAGGCAUACCAACGCCGCAUUCUUCAAGAGUGGGGUUCUUUCUCGCGACGAUGCGCCAGAAGAUGUGACGUGGCUCUGCAGCAGUACUGGUAAGUCUCGAGAUUGGGGGUUCCGCCGCCGCGACGGCCGACGGCGCUGGGCCAAAUUUGCAAUGGCCAAUCGCUUUGUGAUCUUUGGAGACGAGAAGAACCUCGGAAUGGUCGCCUACAACUGCCAGUACUGA